CUCUGAAUUGAUGGAUAGAUUUCCAGCCGCAGGGAAAUGGCUUCAGAAGUCGGCAAGUUUGAAAGGCGUUUGACCCCUCUUCACUGACGUGACGACCUGCAGACGGACUACAGGCCGUUUCCGUGGAUACAUGGGGCUGUGACAUCAUGGCCCAGACACCGCACGCCUCCCCGCCGGGCCAAGCCGGGCCCCGGGGGAUUGUGGGUAAGGAGGAGGCGCUGCAGAUGGAGGCGGAGGCGCUGGCACAGCUCCAGCGGAGGAGACUCUCGCUUCCCGCCUCGUCGCCCGCGGUUACCGGCGUGCGCCUCCUGGCCAGGGAACGUCGGGGCUCCUGCUUCCCUGUCAGCGGCGUUCCGGAUCCAGGGAGCACUCCGGAUCUGAUGCAGUUCAGUGAGUCGGAGGGGGAGAGGAGGGGGGGGGGCGGGCAGCUGGAGCGCCUCCUGCUGGAGAGCUCCUCCCGACCUCCCGCUCUGCUGGGCUGCAGCCCCAGCGCCUCCUACCCUGGACCCCACAGCUUCCGCCCCUCCCCCCUCUACAGCCCCUCCCCCGACCGCCCACUCUUCCUGAGCCUCCCGCUGAGCCCCGCCUUUGUGACCUUUGCCCCCCCUGGCCCUUCAGCCCCCCCCGCCGUUCCCCCAGAGAUGCCGAAGCUCUAUGCCAGCGCCUCGGAGUACCUGAGGAACUCAGGGGCGGAGCCAGAGCUACGAACCCCGCCCAUGACCACACCCCUGACCCCGCCCAUGACCACACCCCUGACCCCGCCCACGCCCACACCCCUAAUCCCUCCCAUGGGCACACCCCUGACCUCGCCCCUGGCCAUUCCCCCUGAUUGGCUGGAUCUGGACCCCCUCAGCAUGUGGGAGGCUGACCCUAUUGAGGCCCCGCCCCCUGAGCCUGAGGAGGUGGGGCCAGCAGGGGACCCCUGGGAUGCUGUGCUAUUGGACGACGAUGCAAGCAGCCCCACCCAAUCACAGAGCAGCCAGCACUUCCACGUCCUCACGGGACUGGGUCUGCACCCCUGGAGACUGGGCCUCAGACAGGCCCCUGGGUUCCUCACUGAUGUGCUGCUGUACGCAGGUGACGGGAGCGGGGGGGUUGGGUCUCUGCGGGAUAUCCUGCAGGGAGGGGCCUCUCAGAACCAGGAGACUGUCGCCUUCUGUGAGGACUUGCGGAGACUGAGGUCCCGGUUUCCCCAUGACGACCUGGUGACCAACCCGGGGUUCAUCCUGAGCCCCGUCCUGUCUCCCAGGGCGGGGCUCACUGACAGUGCCGGGGGGGUGAAGGUGUCCGUGGAGAUCUCAGAGUCCCAGAAGCCUGUGACUUUCACCUGCGACGUGAGCUCCCCGGUGGAACUGCUGCUCCUCCAGGCUCUGUGCUGGGCUCAGGAGGACCUCAGCCCGGUGGACCUCAGCGCCUACGUCCUCAAAGUGUGCGGCCGGGAGGAGGUGCUCCAGAAUCAGCACAGCCUGGGCUCCCAUGAGCAGGUGCAGAGCUGCAGGAAGUGGGAGACGGAGAUCAAGCUGCAGCUGCUGCACAGGAGCGCCGCCCGCCGGGGCCUGGAGCGCACCGCUCAGGAUGACUCCGCCUCUAUCGAUCUGGAGAAGUACCUGGACCAGGUGGAGAGGCCUUUUAAAGAGACCGUGACCAGACAGGGCCUCACCAGCCUGCUGGAGGCCUUCCACAAGCACGUCUCCGUCUGCCUGCAGAGCGAGGACAUGCCUUAUCGGUCUCUGGAUCGCGUGGUCUAUGCGGUGAAGAGCGUGUGCAGCCUGCUGGACCAGGUGGAGACUCCUCCCAUCACGGAGGCAGUGAGGAGGGUCAAACAGGCCAGCGUCCCCCACACCCCACCCCCACAGGUCAGUCUGAGCAGCACCUGUGACCCCAGUCCUGUGGCCGACACCCUGGGGGAUCUGGCCUGUGCGCUGAACGAGCUGGUGGAGCUGUACCUGCGCUCCUUCUGCCCCGUCACUACCCAGCAUGCCGAGCGGGGAGAGGCCGAGGGCAGCGAGGUCACAGGCUCCCCAGAACACCUGCAGUUCACCCUGUGCGCCCUGCACGGCCUCUCCAACGCCUGGGUCAGCAGCUAUGAGAAGUACUUCCUGAUGUGUGCGCUUACCCACAACGACCGGAACCUGUUCACACCCAUUCAGUCCAGGGCCAUGGGGGUGUGCAAGGCCUUCUUCUACCAAAUCAAGUGGGAUGAGCUGGUGCAGUUCCCCAUCGCCGCGGCCCUGCUGCCCCCGGAGGCCAUUUUGAGCCUCUCCCUGUUCGGGAUCCUGAAGCACAACGCCAGCAACUCGCCCGACUCCGACAGCCAGCGCAAGCCGCCAGAGCUUCUGGGAAGAGUGUCCAUGCCCCUCUUCAACUUCCGAGGGGUUCUGGCACAUGGUUCCCAGCUGUUGAGUCUGUGGUCGGUCCCCUCCCCCACCCUGAAGGGCACUGUGGGAAGGCGGAGGACCCAGGGGGCCAGAACCAUCCUGCAGGUGGAUUUCCCGAGUUCAGGGGUGAACUUCCUGUACGUGGCGCCCCAGCCCGCCUGCCUGCCUGACCUCCUGUCCCUGGAGCCUCUGGCCCCCGACCUGGAGAAGCGUCUGGAGAAACUCUGCAACCGGGCCUCCAUACACGGGCUGACCCGGGCUGAGCGGCUGCUCCUGUGGGACAGACGGCUCCACUGCAGGGCCCAUGUGCACAGCCUGCCCAAGCUGCUCUCCAGCGCCCCCCGCUGGGACCGGACCAGCACUGCGGAGAUCCACAGCCUCCUCCAGAACUGGCCCCCCCUCCUGCCCCUGUGUGCCCUGCAGCUGCUGGAGUGCAGGUUUGCUGACGCACAGGUGAUGGGCGUGGCUGUGGGCUGGAUGGAGAGGUGCAGUGAGGAUGAGCUGAUGGACUGCCUGCCUCAGCUGGUGCAGGCUCUGAAGUUUGAAUGCCACCUGAACAAUGCGCUAGUGAUGUUCCUGCUGUCACGAGCUCAAGGGAGCAUCAGCGUAGCGCAAUACCUCUACUGGCUGCUCCGGGACGCCCUGCAGGACCCCUGUCAGGGCCCCCGCUAUGAGAGCGUGCUGGGGGCCUUACUCUGCCUCUGUGGUGCGGGGCUGCGGGCUGAGCUCCAGAAACAGGCGCGGCUCGUGCAGCUGCUGGGGGCGCUGGCUGAGAGAGUGAGACAGGCCGGCAGCUCCACCAGACAGGCUGUGCUGCAGGAGGGUUUGGGGGUGAUCCAGUCCUUCUUCCAGGAGCACACCUGCGGCCUCCCCCUCCACCCUGGCCUGGUGGUCCGGGACCUCAACGUCAAGGCCUGCUCCUUCUACAGCUCUAACGCCGUCCCGCUGAAGAUCGCCCUCGUCAACGCCGACCCCCUCGGGGAAGAGAUCAACGUCAUGUUCAAGGUGGGGGAGGACCUGAGGCAGGACAUGCUGGCCCUGCAGAUGAUCCGGGUCAUGGACCGCCUCUGGCAGCAGGAGGGGCUGGACCUGCGCAUCGUCAACUUCAGCUGCAUCUCCACGGGCAAGGACCGCGGCCUGGUGGAGCUGGUGCCAGACUCAGACACCCUGCGUAAGAUCCAGCUGGAGUUUGGGGUCACGGGGUCGUUCAAGGACAAGCCCCUGGCUGAGUGGCUGAGGAAGCACAACCCCAGCGAGGAAGAGUAUGAGAGGGCCUCGGAGAACUUCAUCUACUCCUGCGCAGGCAGCUGCGUGGCCACCUACGUGCUGGGCAUCGGCGACCGGCACAACGACAACAUCAUGCUCCGCUCCUCCGGACACGUCUUCCACAUCGACUUCGGGAAGUUCCUGGGCCACUCGCAGAUGUUCGGCAGCUUUCGGAGAGACCGCGCCCCCUUCGUGCUGACCUCAGACAUGGCGUACGUCAUCAACGGCGGCGAGAGACCCAGCAGCCGCUUCCAGCUCUUCAUCGACCUCUGCUCCCAGGCCUACAACCUGACCCGCAAGCACGCGGGCCUCAUCCUCAGCCUGCUCUCCCUGAUGACAUCAUUGGGCUUGCCGGAGUUGGCGGGACCUCAGGAUCUGCAGUACGUUCACGACGCUCUGCAGCCAGAGAGCAGCGAGGCAGAGGCCACCGUCUUCUUCACCAGGCUGAUUGAGUCCAGUCUCGGAAGCGUCGCCACAAAGUUCAACUUCUUCAUCCACAACCUGGCCCAGAUGCGCUUCUCUAGCCUGCCGCCCAGCGAGGAGCCGCUCCUGUCCUUCUCCCCCAAGAUCCACACCCUGAAACAGGACGGCCGUAUCCGCGACGCCUCCGUCUACACCUUCCAGAAGAGAUACAGCCCCGAGAAGCACUAUACGUACGUGGUGAAGGUUCACAGAGAGGGCCAAAGCGAGGCCCAGUUUGUCUCCCGCACUUUCGACGAGUUCCAGGAGCUCCACAGCAAGCUGAGCGACCUGUUUCCCCUGUGGAAACUUCCAGGGUUCCCGAGUAGAUUGGUGCUGGGCAGGACGCACAUUAAGGAUGUAGCUGCCCGGAGGAAGGUGGAGCUCAACAACUACACCCACAACCUGCUGAGGAGCUCGACGGACGUCACCCAGUGUGAUCUGGUGUACACCUUCUUCCAUCCGAUUGGUCAAGAUGACAAAGCAGAGGGGUGUGAGGGAGUGUCCAAACCUCCAGAAGCCCCGCCCCUGGGCCCGGCAGCAGGGAGGGGGGAGGGGGAGGGGGUGGGGGAGGGGGCGGUGAAGCUGUCCGUCUCCUACAGGAACAGCACCCUCUUCAUCAUGGUCAUGCACAUCAAGGGCCUGGUAUCGGAUGAUGGAGCGGAGCCUAACCCUUAUGUUAAGACCUAUUUGCUUCCAGACCCCCAGAAAAACUCCAAACGGAAAACAAAGAUCUCCAGGAAAACCCGGAACCCCACCUUUAAUGAAAUGCUGGUGUACAGUGGCUACAGCAGGGAGGCUCUGAGUCAGCGGGAGCUCCAACUGAGCGUGCUCAGCGCCGAGUCUCUGCGGGAGAACUGCAGUCUGGGAGGCCUGGUCCUCAGUCUGAAGAGCUUCGACCUGAGCACAGAGACUGUCGGGUGGUACAAACUCACUGCUGUACCAUCUCCCUGAACACAGAGACUGUCCGGUGGUACAAACUCACUGCUGUACCGUCUCCCUGAGCACAGAGACUGUCGGGUGGUACAAACUCACUGCUGUACCAUCUCCCUGAACACAGAGA